AUGGCGGAGUACACGAGCAACGAACCUGCAGAUGCCGCAGGCUUGAUCAUAGGAGAAGGCGUACACAAUGAAAGACAGCCACUGAUUGGCACGCAUAGAAACAACGAUAGGUCAUAUGCACAACAUUGCCAUGCACAGUACCUGAUGACCCAGCAAGAGGGUCGUCGGCGGCGUCUGCUAGUGAUGAUCAUUGGUACGUUAACGUUUUUGGGAGGCUUUGUUUUGGCUGAGGUAAUGCUCUCAUGGAAUUCACACGGCGGAGGCGAUGGUGACGCUGACGAAUCCAGUGGUAUACUGUGGCCUGUAGGCACGACAAAGGGCAGGACCGGUCCUAAAACCUGGGGGCACAAGGUGCGCGAGUUUCUGGACGAACACGCGGCUUUGCCAUUGGCUGAGAGGAAGAAGAUGGUUGUUUGGGAGGAUUGCGAUUGUUUUUCGGAUAAAAGUGAGCAGGAAAAAUGGGAUUUGUCCCAAUUUUUGGUCCCAGCAGCUUCGUGCGCCACUCUCCAGCUACCCUUGUCAUGGAAUUCGGAGAAGUCGCACAAGCGCACCAUCGAAAUGUUUGUGAAGAAAGUCCACGCCAGUACUCUAAAGUCUCAGGGACAGUUGUGGCUGAUCGGUGGAGGACCAGGACACAGCGGCGCUGCCAUGGAGAACCUCUUGCCACAGGUGGUCUUGGCCAUGCCUGGGUACGACAUUAUGAUCCCAGAUCACAGAGGGACAGGGCGCUCGACACCCGUCACGUGUCCUGAGACUAUGGAACACAUGGACAGUCCCAUUAUGGACUUCCAGAAGGAGAAGGAUGUGCAGUGUUACAACGAAAUCACUAAAACGUUCGAGGCAGGGUACCUUCACAACUUCAACACAGCGUUUGCUGCGUUUGAUCUGGUGGCCGCUAUUAACUUCACCAGCCCAGACUAUGCCACCGAUUCAUCGCCGUUGCCUAGCAACGCAGACAGAGCAUCCGCCCCACCGCCGUUGCCUAGCAACGAAGUGCUCAUGUAUGGGCUCUCGUACGGUACAUACUGGGUCCAACGGUACUUGUUUGUCACUCCCUGGAAACAGGUACGGUCGGUGACCUUGGACGGGAUAGCUCCGCCGGAUGUCUACACUAUAGCCGAUAAGGUCGACACCAGCGUCAACCUAGUGGGAUCGGCUUUUCUCAACACCUGUAGCCAGCAUCCACGGUGUCUGGCAGCUCUGGGGCCCUUACCAGCUGAACAGGCUGCCUUUUUAAAGGACUUGGUUGUUAGUAAACGCAGCGAAUGUGCGCGUGUGUUUGGGCUCAGCGCAGAAGGCCUCCGCGUUAUGUUGGGCAAACUGGUGACGGAUGAGUAUUAUAGGAUUGUGGUACCACCACUGGUGCAGAAGCUCAUGCGAUGCAGCGAUAGGGAUCAAGUAGAGCUGAAGCGAGCGUUCGCGUGGUUUGACCGUUCAGUGGGUCGUCUGGCGUUUUGGGGAGUUGGUGCUGGUCCGGUUGAUGAACGCGUGACGACUGCGAAUUCAACGCUGAACUACAAUCCAAUCACGCACACUAACUUGGUUGUGUCGGAGAUGUAUGCUCUCGAGCACCCAGCCCCAGACGCUGAAGUCAUCGCUGCAAUGUCUGACAAUCUGCUGUUCAGCUUAGACUACAGCGCAGGCUACAGUAACUCGUAUGAGUCAUGGAUCCGGUACAACCGCAAACGGUCUCCCGGAUAUGGACGGUAUCCUGCAACAAAGGGGAUACGGCCGACUAUGCUGUUGCUGAGUGGUACGCUGGAUGCCUUCACUGGCAAUACCUGGGCCAGAUACGCUGCCACACACUACAAACACAACACCUCCACCACAGCAUUUGUGAGUGUGGCGAAUGUUGCCAGCGGCGUCGUGCCACACUCCCAGACGACGGGAGAUCAUGGGCUUACCUGUGGAAUGGAGAUGAUGGCCUCAUUUUUUACACAGGGUUCACCGGAUCUCAGGUGUCUGAGAGAGCUUCAGCCCGUUGAUUUCGGUUGCACCACGUUGGCUAGCCGUCGUAUAAGCGAAGAGAUGUUCGGUACAGUCGACUGGUGGGAUCCUGAGGCCCACAAUGAGUUAUAA